UGCGUUUCCAGCCGGACCAAGUGCAAUGAAACACAAGAGAUCGCCGCCGGAAAUGUAAACGAGAAACCUUCAAGUUGUUAUUAUUUCUGUCCAGGUUCCACAUUUGUAUUGCUGAAAGAGACAAACAAUGGACGACCAAGGGUGUCCGAGGUGCAAAACAACAAAAUACAGAAACCCUUCGCUGAAACUGAUGGUGAAUGUCUGUGGACACACGUUAUGUGAGAACUGCGUAGAGAUGCUGUUCGUCCGCGGCUCAGGCAACUGUGUGCAGUGCGAGACUCCCCUAAGAAAGAGCAACUUCCGCGUGCAGCUCUUCGAGGACCCCACUGUCGACAAGGAAGUGGAGAUCCGCAAGAAGGUGCUAAAGAUAUACAACAAGAGAGAUCUUGAUUUCCCCAGCCUGAGAGAAUAUAACGACUACUUGGAGCAAGUAGAAGACAUUGUGUUUAACCUUACAAACAACAUCGAAGUGGAGAACACCAAGCUGAGGAUGGAGCAGUACCAGCGGGAGAACAGAGAUCUUAUCCAGAAGAAUAAAGUUAAGCUUACUCGAGAGCAGGAGGAACUAGAGGAGCUGCUACUAUUGGAGCAGCAGGGCAGUGAACAGCGGAGACUGGAUGUGCUGCAGGAGGAGCAGAGGCAGCUUCUGGCCAAAAAGAAGAACAAGCAGGCUCUGCUGGAUGAACUGGAGCAGUCUCAGGUCCCUGCCUCCAUCUUGCUUGCUAAACACAAGGCCCGUGUUUCCCAGUUGGAGACAGAGAUAGAGCAGCAGAAACAUGCGGUCAAACCCACCAAUCUCUUUUCAACGGGAAUUCAGAUGCGUCAGACGGUAUCUCUACAAGCUGUACCCAAGUUAGAAGAAGCUCUUUACCACUACAGCCCCCUCCAAAUUGAAACAUUUGGACCACCGGUGCCUGAACUGGAGCAGCUGGGAAGACUCGGAUACUUGAACCAUGUGCGGGCAGCCAUGCCUCAGGACACAGCUGGAGGAUACAGCUCGGCGUUGGCGUGUCAUCGAGCCAUCCAGGAUGCUUUCAGUGGCCUCUUCUCACUGACGGGCUGACCUCAAACUCUUUUUCAAAUAAAGGGCCGACGACAAAUACAUCACUGAAGAGGACAAACAUUUUCAUGGUGGUCAGUGUAAACAGAGAUGUAAAAUAUUUUUCUGUGUCACUUUUAUGCAUAAAUAAAUCACAAUUACCACAGUCUCUUACAGUAGUUUAUUUAAAAAUGAAGCAACUCAGUGGAAGCUUAGAAAUAUAAAGCAUCUCUAUAAACAACUUGGUUGUAAAACAAAUGGAAUCCACUCGACCAGCCUAAAAGGAGACAAAAUCAACAUUCAAUGCAAGAGCUGUAUUAAUUAUUAUUGCCUUUACUAAGAUAAUGAUGUCCACCUUUAAGUGACACAAUUAUUCAACUAUAUGCUUAUUGUGCUUGUACAUUGCGCAAACUAAGGGAAACAAAUGUCAGCCAUUAUGCAAAAAAAUGUGAAUCACAAAUUUAAAGUUUUGAAUUGCAUUUGUGAUUCUCUAGUUCCUGUUUUGAUCCACGGCCAUGCGCCUACAUAUGAAAGAAAUCAGUUUUUCUGAUAACAUUCUUUGUCUUGUUUUGUUUGCUUUAAAGAAACUUCCAAUUGUCUUUAUGUUGUUC